AUGUCUGCACCUCCACAAGGAUUCUACGUUCCCGCAGUCCUAUUCUUCGACGAAGCCGAGGAAUUUGACUUCGCAUCAAUCAAAGCCCAUAUCUUGCGCUUGGCCGAAGGUGGCGUGACUGGCAUAUUGGUGCAAGGCAGUAAUGGAGAGGCGCAACACUUGUCUCACGAAGAACGUAAAGAAGCUAUUCGAUUCACGCGUGAAACGCUCGACAGCAAUGGCUUUCAAAACGUCCUGGUUAUUGCUGGCACCGGAGCCCAGUCGACGCGGGAGACGAAGAAACUAUGUGUAGAUGCCAAAGAGGCAGGCGCGACGCAUGUGCUCGUCCUCACUCCUUCCACUUGGCCGCCGCAAAUGUCACCGGAGAACAUCCUAAGAUUCCACAGAGAGGUGGCCGAUGCAUCACCAAUCCCGACGAUGGUAUACAACUUCCCCGUCGUCACAGCGGGCCAAGACCUCGACUCCGACAUAAUUGCGACGCUCGCGCAGCACCCAAACAUCGUCGGGACCAAGCUGUCGUGCGGCAAUAUUGGCAAGCUGCACAGACUCGCCUCGACGUUCCCGGCGUCAGAGUUCGCCGUUUUUGCGGGGAGAUCGGAUUUGUUCCUCCAAGGAUUGAUGUCUAGGAGUGCGGGCACUAUCGCAGCAUCGGUGAACCUAUUUCCCAAAGUCCACCGGGAGAUAUACAAGCUAUUCCGAGAAGGAAGGAUAGCCGAAGCGAUGGAGCUUCAAGCGCAGCUUGGGCACGCCGACUGGGCGGUCGGGAGGAUCGGUGGAAUCGGUGGGAUAAAGGCUAUAGCUCAGAAGCAUUUUGGUUACGGAGGGAAAUGGGUCAGAGGGCCAUUGAAACACGUUGAGUAUGAUGCAUUGACAGGGAAGCACGUCCAGAAAAUCGAAGAGAUGAUCAAGUUAGAAAAGUCUUUGUAG